ACAUCUCCUUCCGUCUCUCCUGCAUCUCCUUCCGUCUCCCCUGCAUCUCCUUCCGUCUCUCCUGCAUCUCCCUCCGUCUCCCCUGCAUCUCCCUCCGUCUCCCCUGCAUCUCCCUCCGUCUCCACUACAUCUCCUUCCGUCUCGCCUACAUCUCCUUCCGUCUCUCCUGCAUCUCCCUCCGUCUCCCCUGCAUCUCCCUCCGUCUCCCCUGCAUCUCCCUCCGUCUCCACUACAUCUCCUUCCGUCUCGCCUACAUCUCCUUCCGUCUCUCCUGCAUCUCCCUCCGUCUCCCCUGCAUCUCCCUCCAUCUCUCCUGCAUCUCCUUCCGUCUCCCCUGCAUCUCCCUCCGUCUCCCCUGCAUCUCCCUCCAUCUCUCCUGCAUCUCCCUCCGUCUCCCCUGCAUCUCCUUCCAUCUCUCCUGCAUCUCCUUCCGUCUCCCCUGCAUCUCCUUCCGUCUCCCCUGCAUCUCCCUCCAUCUCUCCUGCAUCUCCUUCCGUCUCCCCUGCAUCUCCUUCCAUCUCUCCUGCAUCUCCUUCCGUCUCCCCUGCAUCUCCCUCCAUCUCUCCUGCAUCUCCUUCCGUCUCCCCUGCAUCUCCUUCCAUCUCUCCUGCAUCUCCUUCCGUCUCC